AUCCGUGUCUCGUGUAAUUCCGGGUAUUCUGAACAAACUUUCUUUGUAAAUCAUUUAUCUUUAUAAUAGUUCAUUUAAGAAAUAUUAAGUAAAACUUUUCAAUUCAAGACAAGUAUUUACUCAGUAUUGUGCAGCAGUGUGUCUGAUAUGAUGUAUUAUCUGAAACAUUGCAGGCCCUCUAGGGGACCUAUUUUCGCUACGCAAAGCUUAGUUUUAUAUCUCCAAACUGCAACUUUUACUGCCUUCUACAGCAUUAAAUGCGCCGCACACAUCCCUCCCAUGUCCUCAUCUUAGACAGUCAAAUUAGUAGUUGAGAUGAUGUCUUACGUCACUGCUUCACUUAUCAAGGUCAAACGCAUUUUCUUGACAUUAAAAAGCACGAGAAUGUGGGAGACAUGCAAAUGUUUUUGUUGACAGUGACAGAGAGGAUUAUUUUCCACGCCAAUGUAUUCAACAUGCUCUGUGUCCGACUUCACAUGAUGCUCCAGAGUCCUCGGAGCGCCACAAAGCGCACUCUGUGUCGCACACAGACCCACCGUUUGUCCUCCCCUCCAUCCCUCUUUAGCAUUUUAAGUCCUCUCCUCUCCCAGCAAAGAGACCCCCACUGGUUAAGAAGGAGAUUUUCCAAAUAUUUCACAACACCCACGUAAUCCCCAUUGGCUAUGAAGUUGUUAGUCUCUGCUCUCAUCUCCUACAAAAGAGCUGAUUGUUUUGUGGCGUCUACUCCGUGCCUCGGUGGUUGUGGUUGAUGCGAACAUGGAUUACGGAUGCCAGAACCAUGUCGGACCUCUGGGUCACCCACGAGUGAGCUUGUGGUGGCUCAGUGUGAGAGCAUUCUUGUGAUAUUUUAUCUUUGAGUUCAUCUGUAAGGCUGUUUCAUGAAGGUCAACAAAAAGGCAAAGUUUAGAAAAGCUGUACAAUGAAGCACAUUAAGCAGGCAUAACUUAAAACAGGUAAAAUACAAGUUUAAAAUAAUAAAAAAAAGUGUUUUCAGUAGUAAACUGAGCUUGUAACUAGGGUGAUUAUGGCAUCAAUUAUACCAUAUGUACAUACGGUAUAUACAGACAUGAAUUAAAACUGGAAAUAUAGUACAUGCAGAGUGCAUUUAAAUGAAGAUGUUGAGCAUAAAGCAGGAAUUUUUGAAUUUUUUAGUAAUAUUACACAAAGAAAGGUAGUAUAUAAAGAAUAAAAGUCAUUCUCUACAGGUAUGCAUUCAUAAAUACAGUAAGGAAGUAGCUGAACACACAUUAGAAAUUUAUGGAAUGGAUUUUUUCUCUGAUUUUUAAAGAAAAUUGUCUAUUACAUAGAGCUCUAAGAUGAAUAAGAUCUAAUUUCUUGUACACAUAUUCUAUUGUUAAAACCUGCAAAGAAACACAUUUAGAGAUGAAACUGACAAAAAAGAUCAACAGUUAAAAAAGAAAAACAAAUUAUCUGUACAUCUAGAAAAUAUUGACUGAGUCACUAACUAUAAGUUAUGUUAAAAAACACAAGUCAUAAUUGUAUGAAAAGGUAAAAAUUCUCAUGUCAUCAUGCGGUAUUAAUAGAGUUUGCAGUAUAAAACAAUGACAGCAGGUGCAGAUGUAUGAAACAUACCAUAAUAUCUGAGGUAAAGGGCUAAAUAUGCUGAUGAAUCCUUAAGAGACAAUCUGUCCCACACCCUUCUUUACACAUUUGUUCUCACACUUUGCCCCUUUACUUUCCCGGCACCACACGCUCUUUUAUUUUGGUUUUUCCUGUCCUCGGCAGUCCACGCUGCAGCUCUUGCAGCUUGGGAUGCAUUUUAAACCUCGUCUCUCAUACCAGCCCGUCCCUGCUGCCAGAUUGGUUUUCACACAGUCCCGGCCCCUCCCUGCUACCACGGCGACGCAGCUGUCACCUGUCAGUUUCGUGGUGGGGAUGCGCAACCGGCCUGUUAUGGCUCAGAAUAGCAUUGUGGGAGAGUUUUGCUGGAAGUGGGAGAGCACAGCACCAAGUCCCCGAGAGAAUGAACAGUUGACUAGGAAACUAUCUCAACUAUACAGGAAUGUGGCAUUUGUGUGUUCGGAGGUUACAGGGUGCCACUCAUGGGAGAGACUGAACUGCUUCUACAGACAGAGACUCUGGCUCACAUUGUAUUGAAUGGACGACCAGGACAGAGUAAGCCAAGCAUCCAGUGUGGCCACAAUAUCCUAUUUUCCUGUCGUUAAGGAAAGUGAUGGGAAGGUGCAAACGUUUGGGAAAAGAUGUCAGGCCGCUAAGAGAGACCCCAACUGUGCCGUAGUCAUCAGAGGAUGGCUCAACAAAAAAGACAGCUCUGGUUUGAAGCUGUGGAAGAGAAGAUGGUUUGUUCUCUCCAACUACUGUCUGUUUUAUUACAAAGACAGCAGAGAAGAAUCUGUGCUGGGCAGCAUCCCACUCCCGAGCUACAAAAUCCUGUUCUGCACACCGCGAGAAUGCAAGAACCGAAAGUUCACCUUCAAGGUGGUACACCAGGGGAUGCGCUCUUAUUUCUUCAGUGCUGACACUCAGGAGGAUAUGUUGGGUUGGGUUCGAGCCCUCAGUCAGUCUGCUGCGAUGGAGCCCGACAGCACAAUGAGCAGACGUUGCUCAAGUUAUCAGGAUUUUACAGCGAUAGGUGGCAGCACUGAAUCAGUGGACUUCCCCAAAUCCCCCUCGGAUGAAGAGGGUCCCUCCCGAAAACACAGACACGUCAGCAGGACUCUGAGCGAACCGAGUCAGCUCAGUGGAGGAAGGAUGGGGAGGUCGCAGUCAGAGCAGAGGGAGAGGCGGGGCGGACGUCACAGGAACACCAGCCCUUCAAACAGAUCACCCAGCCCUCCUGAUUUAAGCAGAAGAAGAGCCUAUGGUCCCAACAGAGAGGAAGAUUCUCUUCCUGGUCAAGACACACCACCACAAACAGACAUGAUGGGGACGGGUUCUUUACCCUCCAGAGGUCAGCUGGGGUCUCGACCUCAUACACCAGUAGGAAGGGUUGACAUCCGACCUCAUGAUGACCCACUCAUGGGGCCACAGACCCUGUACUACGCACCGGCUUCACCCAAGCUGGAGUUCAACUCCACGCCUACAACUCCAGUCACAGAAAGGUGGCAAAACCUGAGCAAGCCUGCACCUACAUAUGGUUCUGUCCAUCAUAUACCAAGUGGGCGAAGACCUUUGGGAAAGAGCUACUCCACAGGGGCGCACACAGACUUACUGCCCCCUUUACCCCCCUCAUCGAGAGCUGCACAUGCCACCCACCCCCCACAACACCACCACCACCAUCACCACCACCACCGCAGCCAUUUAUCUGUUUGUGUGCUACCGCAAGCUAUGCCUCCGAAACCGGACCCGAGGGAAAUGCCACCGAUCCGGCCCCUUGAAAGUGACGCAGACGCUGUGUUAACGAGGUUGUGUGGGUGUGACAAGCUGCUGCAGUCUCUGUCUGUAGAAUUGGCCCAACUACAAAUGGAUAAGGACAGUGUCCAGUGUGCGUUAGAAGUGUCCAGACUACAACUGGAGGAGUGGAAGAGUCAGGGUCCCCGAGCCCACGAAGAAGUUCUGACCCAGAAGGUUUUGCUACAAGAAGAACUGGUCACUAUCCGAGCCAGAAUGUGUGAUGUAUCAAUGGAAAUGGAGCGAGUAUGGUGUCAGUAUGAGAGAAUGGAGAGUGAACUGUCCGUUAUCCGUUCACACCUUCAGCACAUCUGUAACUUUGGAAUGCCACAGGAGCAGUCUCAGGCUCAGAGGGAGCUGUGGAUGAUGGAGGACAUCCUUGCUGGACUGAAGGUCAACAGGGAUCACUUCCGCUUCCUGCUGGGACUACAGAGACACCACAUGUUCCAGUCUGCAGCCCCACAUCCUGGAUCUCCUGGAUCUCCCACAGAGAGGCUGCAGAGUGGACUGCCAAUGGAUAUGGAACAAGAGCCGCCAGUCCGCCCACCGUUACCUCAGGAGCUACAGGAAACCCACCAGAGCCACCAGGGCCAUGGCUGGACCGAGUCACCAUAUGAGGGAAUCUACAGCCACACUGUUGAUCCUGUGCACAGAAAAGGAAACAGCCAACCUGACCUCCUUAAUGUGAAAGCGCACAGAGACGCAUCUGAAUCUCAGCCGGGUUCAAAGUGGAUCCCACCAGACACAACCAACCAAUCAACCAAGAAGAUGAAAAUGAAAAUGAGUGAAGAGGAACAGAUUGAGAGGAUGAAGAGGAAUCAGGAGAGGAUGAGUAAUAGGAAGAAACCUCCCAUACCUGCUCCAAACAGCCAGAGUCAAAGUUCAGAAACAAAAGAAGAGGCCCCCUUCCCUUUAAGGGUGACACGAGUUGUUACAGCUGUACUGCCGUCCUCGCUCGUGGCCAGACGAGUUUCUGUUGAGGAUCCCCCAGCUGAGCUCGACACACCACUGCCAGAGCAGAUCCCACCUGAGAUGCAGCAAAAACUGGCAGAGCAGAACAAAAAACUGUUAAACAAACCGCCCAGGCGGCUGUUGUUGGACAGCCCUGAUCAAACCCGGGCCUCAGUAGAGAUGCACCAGGAUCAGCUGGUCAAAAAGACCAGCAGAACACAGCAUCAGGGAGCAUCCAGGAUCCCUAAGAGGGAGUCACGUUCAGAAGUGAGCAGAGCUGGGAGUACGGAGACCUCAAGCAAUCAAGACCAGGAAGGUUUAGGAAAUGGAAGUGAAAGUUCAAGUGUCAGGGCAGAGGAACGCUCUUCUGUCCUUCUGACCCCUGACAUGGACCCUGACCCCUGUCUGACCCCUGAGCAGCGAGAGGCCAAGCUCCGGCGAGUGGAACGAAUACGAGAGAGAGUCAUACGGAGCGCAGUCAGAGAGAGUUCUACUACACACAACCAACUCCCGAUCAGGGGACAGGGGAAGGACGUUCACCAGGAGCCCCCAGACACAGCCAGAAAACAAAGAAUGAAAGCAGGCCAUAAUUCUCACAAUAGCUCUGGAAGCAGUGAGAAUAACUUCAGAAGUUCUGCAGAACUUCAGCUUUCUAGCACAACAUCUCAGGAUCACGAUGAAGAACAACAACAUGUUAAAAAAUCCAAAACUCAGGGCAAGUUUGGGAACAAAACACAGCACAGUGGGAGAGCAGGGGUUGCCAAAGCCAAAAUCAAACGUCCAGAUUCACCGUAUCACAUCUCAUCCAUGAUUGUCUACCAGAAAGAUGGAGGAAAAGGGUUUAUAGGUUGCAAGGAUGACGAGCAGAAGCAGGUUGAAGAACACAUUGAUGAUGAUAAUGAAAGUGAUUUCAAGUCCUCCGAUGUGAGAGCCAAGUGGUUCCUCUCCACCAACCAGUGGCAAGGAUUCAUGCCUCUGCAGAUCCCAGGAAUAGAAACACUGUGCAAUGAGGAGAUGACUGACAUCGACAACCAACCAGCUUGCUCUGAUGACAAUAAUGAUUCCAAUGAAAUGUCAUCAACAGUGAGUGAAAGCUUGGAGAAAAUGAAAGAAAACCAUUCACUCUUCUAUAAGAUUGCAUGUGACAUCAGUAUUUCAGACUCUGAUAUAACAAAGAAUGAUGGGAACACAUGUGCUCCAACAUCAACUAAGCCAGAUGAAGAGGAAACACUGUUGAUCACUGAAUCUGUUCCAGCUGAAGAGACUGGUAAAGGUGGAACAUCAUCUGACAAAGAGAGUAAAGAUACGAGCCAACAUCUGACAUCAGAGGAUAAUGAAAUUAGUCAAACAGCUGAUAAUAAACACCAGGAUUCAACAGUGGAAAACCAGGACAAAGAAGUGAGGAUGAUUUCAGGGAAUCCAUUAGAAGAGGGACGUGUUAAUGAAAAGACCACUGCGAAAGAAAGUGAGGACAACUCAGGGCAAGAACUCAAGCUGAAAGUUACAGAAACCAUCAAUGAAGCUCCUGUUCAGUACACUGAUUCAGAUCAGGCUGUGGAUGAAUGCACAAAGAUGUCAGAAGACAAGAAAGAGGACCAAGAGAGCGCAAAAGUAUUGAAGAAAUGUAGAAGUUUAAGUGAGAACAACAACCAGAUUGUGCAAGAACAUGGCGACAAACAUGCCGCCUCUCUGUCCAGCUCUUCGUUUGAGGGCGGAAGUGUGAUCCGGAGUGCUUCUUUUGGGAAGGCAAGAGUAACUGUAUUAAGGACAAGUUUGUAGAAACAAGAACAGUGGAGGCUUAAGGAGCUUAAGUGAAGAACUUGGGAAGGACAAGAACACAGUUAAGUGAUGGAACUCUAACGGAAAAUAAGAAAGAAUGAGGAUUUUGGACUUAACUGAGUUGAGUUAGAAAUUCUAUAAUGGGAACAUGGGGAAUGAGAAAUGGACAUAAUAUAUGGUAAACUUGAACAUUUCCAUUAUCAUUAGUUGGAUUUUAAUGCAAAUGCAGUGAAAAGUCUUAAUAUAUCAUCAAAACAUAACUAUAUAUGCAAUUAUACUGUAGUUCUUGCAGGUGAUAGUACAAACCAAAUAUGUCAUGUAUACUUGCUGUCAAAUACGUGUCCAGUAUGUGAAGUUAACGCAUUCAUUCCUCUCAAAAUAUGCAUCUAACACAGCACAGGAAUUAUAGAUGAUGUCUGCUUUUGGUCUGGCAACAUAACCCUGUUAUUGUCACUGUAACAAAAUGUGUUUUGUAUCACAGAUUGUAUCCUGAUUGAAUAAACAUGUUGUGUGCUACAUCGA